GGUUGCUACGGCAGGUGAGUUCCGGGCCGCAGCCGGCUGCUUCAGGGGGCCGGGUCUCUCCGAGCAGGGGCGAGCCCAGUCCAGCUACGGGCCGGCGGCGGCCUGGGCCUGCCUGGUACGCAGAACGCCGCGGCCAGGUUCCCUGCCAGAGGCCUGCACUCACCGCGGCCCACUGCAGCCCAGCACUGUCGGCCGUCACCGGAGAACGCGGAUGCUGGCUUCUUCCUGGGACUGUCGCUUCGCACAAAGUCUCGUAGAAAAACAUACACGGAUGAAAUGACGUGAUGUCUGAGAUUUGCUGCAAAAAAAGAGGAAGUGGGAGGUUGAGAUGAAGCAAGGUUGUCCAUGGAUUAAUUGUGAAGCCAGGUGAUGGGUACACGGGGGUGUGUUACACCCCCGUCUGCAUCUGCAUGUUUACAUUUUCCGUAAGCCCAGGCCAGCAUGGGGGACUCCGGGGACCUUUGCCCUCAUCUUGACUCGAUAGGGGAGGUGACCAAAGAGGACUUGCUGCUCAAAUCCAAGGGCACCUGUCAGUCAUGCGGUGUUUCCGGACCCAACCUGUGGGCCUGUCUCCAGGUCGCCUGCUCCUACGUUGGCUGCGGAGAAUCCUUCGCGGACCACAGCACCAUCCACGCGCAGGCCAAAAAGCACAACCUGACAGUGAACCUGACCACGUUCCGGGUGUGGUGCUAUGCCUGUGAGAAGGAGGUGUUCCUGGAGCCUCGGCUGGCGGCCCGGCCGCCAGGCCCCUCACCCAAGUUUUCAGAGCAGGACUCCGUGCCGCCCUCCCACCCUCUGAAAGCUGUCCCCAUUGCUGUGGCUGACGAAGGAGAGUCCGAGUCGGAGGACGAUGACCUCAAACCGCGAGAGGGCGCUGGCAACAAGGCUUAUGCCUCCCCUGCUCAGAAAAGGCCAGCAGAGGCCCGGGAAGAGGAAGAGAGGCCCCCCUCCAGGCCAGGGGUCGCCAGCGCCUCUGCGCGGCGGCGGCGGCGGCGGGGGUGGGGGGGCGUGGCCUGGGCGUGGCCGAUUCGGUUCGUCUCCCCGGGAGACCAGUGGCAAAGUUUUCACGAAAGGCACAGUGUGAAUUUUGGAGGGGCCAGGAUGCGCCAGAUGGACUGA